CUCCAAGCUAAUUAGAUCAGAUCAACACCCCCACCCCACCCCUGCCCGAGCCACCAACACACACCGCCGCGAGCCAAUAAAGCGUGAACCCGUCCGUCCAGCUCGCACUUGAAGACUUCGCGAGCGGCUGCAGGGACGCCAGUCGAGCCAAGGGACGCUCACUUGGCGCUUCUCGAUCCGGGUGCACCUGGCUUCACCCGCUCUGCGGGCACCGGAGACUGUCGGCGGAGUUGGAAGCGCCACGCGCGGUCCCUGGUACUCUUUCCUCAGAACGUGGGCACGUCUUGACGACUCCUGUCUUGAACUGUCCCCAUUCCCGCGCCCCAGCCCCGAAAAGGUGGGACGACCACCGGGACUCGGUUUACGGGAGCCAACCGCGCCGGGCCAGGAGGGAUCGAAGAUGCCCCGCGCGUUCUUGGUGAAGAAGCCAUGCGUCUCCACGUGCAAGAGGAACUGGAGCGAACUCCCGGACGAGGAGCGCGGCGAGAUCUACGUGCCAGUCAGCCUGGGCUUCUGUCCACCACCGCCCUAUCAGGAACCAGAGCCGUCUGUGGCCGAACCCCCUUCUUGCCCUCUGGCUUUGGACAUGAGCCUUCGGGACCCCAGCUAUAGUGUGACCCCAGGACCCUGUGUGGUGGCCCAGCUACCCUCUGAGGAUGUAAGCCAUCUGACAGAUCACCAGAGCAGAGACCAGGGUUUCCUACGAACCAAGAUGAAGGUGACCUUGGGGGACAGUCCAAAUGGAGACCUUUUUACCUGUCACAUCUGCCAGAAGGCCUUUACUUACCAGCGCAUGCUGAAUCGGCACAUGAAAUGUCACAAUGACGUCAAGAGGCACCUGUGCACAUACUGUGGGAAGGGCUUCAAUGACACCUUUGACCUCAAGAGACAUGUCAGAACCCACACUGGUGUGCGGCCCUACAAGUGCAGUCUGUGUGACAAAGCCUUCACCCAGCGCUGCUCUCUGGAGUCCCACCUCAAGAAGAUCCAUGGUGUGCAGCAGAAGUAUGCAUAUAAGGAGCGUCGGGCCAAGCUGUAUGUUUGUGAAGAGUGUGGCUGCACAUCUGAGAGUCAGGAGGGUCAUGUCCUACACCUCAAGGAAAACCACCCCGAUAGCCCACUGCUUCGCAAGACCUCCAAGAAAGUGGCUGUGGCCCUGCAGAACACUGUCACUUCCCUGCUGCAGGGCAGCCCCCACCUCUGAGCAGCCCAGGCCCCAGGAAGGAUCUGGAUCACUUCUCUGCUGCCCAGCUGGUUCACCUUCCUGCAGCCUCUUGCCAGAACAUCAGUGAUCAGGACCAGAGCCCUAAGGCCUCAUAGCAGGCAC